GCUCGUAAGUGGCUGGCAGAAUGCUGCGAGAACCAUACGAGCUGUUGUGAUGCCGGCGAUGCACCUACUCGAGUGUUGCCUAAUCGUAUCUUGGACCUUGGCACCCAUGAAAACGCCGAUGAGGAUAUCUGUCUCCUUGAGCCGACUGCUCUAUACACUGGACGGUAUAUCUGCCUUUCACACUGCUGGGGUUCAAGUGGUUGCGCACUGAAAACGACGACGAGGAACGCUGACGAGCACAAACUACGGAUACAGUUUUCCGAUCUUCCCAAAACAUUUCAGCAUGCGGUCAAUUUCACUCGAUGGCUUGGAGUUCGCUAUCUUUGGAUCGAUGCCUUGUGUAUCAUACAAGAUGAUCAAGACGACUGGUGCCGAGAAUCACCCACUAUGGCGAGCGUGUAUGCAGAUUCGUGCCUGACAUUAUCAGCAGCCAGUGCA